AUGCCAGCGUUGCGACCUACGCUCAUCCUUCGCACGGCAGCGGAACAGUGGAAGCAAUACAAUUGGCCGAAAACCCUUAACCUUCCCAAAUCAGCAUUGCCUGCUCGAGCGUCUGCUGCAGACCUCGCCAAAUAUCGACAGCGAUGUGCCGAUGACCUGUAUGCCUGGCAGCGCGCCAAUCGCCCAGCUCACAAUGAAUUCGUCCUCCAUGAUGGCCCACCCUAUGCCAAUGGAGCAGUCCACGUAGGACAUGCUCUUAACAAAGUGCUCAAGGACUUGAUCUUGAGGGCUGAAUUAGCACGGGGCAGGAGAGUCCAAUACCGGCCAGGAUGGGAUUGUCAUGGCCUUCCGAUUGAGCUCAAGGCUCUGCAGCAGACUCGGACAACGCGGGAUGAACCUCAGGCAUUGGUGGAUGCGCCGAAGCAGGAAGCCACGGUCUCGAGUGGCUUGGGCAUGAGUGCUUUGGAAAUCAGAAACAAAGCACACACGCUGGCUACACAGACUAUCGAGAGCCAGAAAAGUAGCUUCCGAGAAUGGGGCGUCAUGGGCGAAUGGGACAAGCCAUAUAAAACCAUGGACCUGGAUUUUGAGAUCAGACAGCUGGGAGUCUUCCGUGAAAUGGUUAGGAAGAAUCUCAUCUCGCGGCAUCAUCGGCCUGUGUACUGGUCGCCCUCUUCUGGUACCGCUCUGGCUGAGGCGGAGCUUGAGUAUGACGACAAUCACGAAUGCACAGCCGCUUUUGUAAAUAUGCCGUUCACUAGAUUACCCAGGGUGUUAGAGAGUCUCGGUGCGUUCCAUGCCGGUGAUGCUAGGCACAGCGUCGUAAGCGCCCUGAUAUGGACUACAACGCCAUGGACGCUGCCUGCUAAUCAGGCCGUCGCGCUUGGCCAAGACAUCGAGUACUCUGUUCUGAAGCUCGAGAGUGCUGAGCAGCCUACCGAGUACCUUCUUGCAGCUACUGACCGCAUCGAGCAUGUUCGAUCAUUCUUGUUGAAAGGCUUCACACUCUCAGUCGUCCCUAAAGCUUCGAAUAUUCUGGGUAGGGACCUGGUCGAUGGCUAUGCAGCAUGUCUCAACGUCUUCCAGAAUCUGGAAUCUCCUCUUCUCCUAGCACCCUUCGUCACCGCCACAUCGGGUACAGGUGUCGUGCAUAUGGCACCAGGACAUGGCAUGGACGACUAUCUAGUCUGUCAGCAAAAUGGGAUUCACUCGGCACUGACUCCUGUCGAUGGAGAAGGCCGAUAUACUGCUGAAGUCUUCCCAGCUUCACCUGACCAGAAUCACAGAUUCAUCGGCUUGGCUGUGCAAACAGCAGGAGUGCAGGCUGCGUUGGAAGUUCUUGCCAUACCACAAAAGGACUGGUUGGCUAGAAAGGGUCUUGUGGUAAACAACCAGGUCUUUGCCACUCACACAUUCACACACAAGAAUCCAAUUGAUUGGCGCACCAAGCAGCCAGUCAUCACGCGAGCGACUGCUCAGUGGUUCGCCGACACGUCCGCACUGAAGACGCCUGCAACGAAUUCGCUGAGCAGUGUGAUCUUUAUUCCAGAGUCUGGAAAGAACAGACUCACUACUUUCUUAGCGGGUAGAAGCCAGUGGUGCAUUUCGCGGCAGCGAGCAUGGGGCGUGCCCAUUCCAGCGCUGUAUCACAAAGAGACUGGUGAGGGUUGUAUCAUGGACCAAAGCAUUGCACACAUCAUAGAUGUUCUCCAGCAAAGAGGAACGAAUGCUUGGUUCGAGGAUGCGCCAGACGACCCUGUCUGGGUACAUUCAAGUCUCCCGCCGGGCAAGUGGGUGCGAGGCCAGGAUACGAUGGAUGUGUGGUUCGACUCCGGUACGACUUGGACAGGCCUCGAGCCCCGGAAUGCCGACAGGCCUAUCAGCGAUGUGUACGUCGAAGGCACAGAUCAGCAUCGGGGGUGGUUUCAGAGCAGUCUGCUUACUCACGUCGCCAUGCAAGACUUGAACGACAAUCCAAAGGCCCCCUACGCGAAGCUCAUCACACAUGGCUUUACACUUGAUGCCGAAGGGCGUAAGAUGUCGAAGAGUAUCGGCAAUGUUAUUGAUCCAGAGCAGAUUCUUGAGGGAUCUCUGCUGCCGCCUGUCAAAGAGAAGAAGCAGAGAGGCAAGCGUCAAGCAGCAAAGGAAGACCAAGUCGCUAAUGACAGGCCGAAGUACGACGCCAUGGGUCCAGAUGCCUUGCGCUUGUGGGUUGCUUCUGGUGACUAUACCCGAGACGUCACGAUUGCUGUUCCGCUAUUGCAGGACGUGCAGAAUACGUUGCAGAAGUAUCGAGUAACGUUCAAAUGGCUUCUCGGCGUGCUUGAGGACUGCGUCCCGUACAAUGGCACAGUCGCCGGUAAACCUUUGUCAUUCGUGGAUCAAGCGAUACUAUACCGACUACACGAAGUGGCAGUCCUGGUGCACGAGGCACAUAGCAGCUACACGUUUCACAGAGCUGUCAAGGAGAUUACAAGUUUUGUGAACAAUGACUUGAGUGCAUUCUACUUUGAGAUAUGCAAGGACACGCUCUACACUGGGCUCGCCGUAGAUAGAGUGCGAACACAAGGUGUGCUGCAGACCAUACUACACCAGCUUAUGCUCAUGCUAGCUCCGGUGACACCACAUCUGAUUGAGGAGGUGUGGGAUUUCAUGCCUGCAGCACUGAAGAAGCACUCGGUGCAUCCUAUGCAGCGCAUAUGGGAAGUCGUAGACACAAAAUCGGAGCGGGAGCGACAUCCGGGACCAGACAUUCAAGUCCAAAUGGAAAGCUUUGGCAAGCUCAGCGCUGCUGUCAAGCUCGCACAAGAGGAUGCGAGGAAAGCUGGGAAGCUGAAGAGCGGCCUUGCUUGUUCCGUCCACAUUCAACUUCCUAGAGAUGGCAACAAAGUCCUCGACCUGCAUGUCAAAGAAUGGGAGACUCGAGGUGAGCUGGCUGAUCUACUCGUCGUAAGUCAGGCCAGAGUCGAGCAGACUGAAAGCAGCGCAAACGACCCUGCAACCUCUUGGCGUUUUGAGCAAGAAUUUGGCGAUGGUGGCAAAGUCAUAGUCAACCCGCCGACUGGCAUGAAGUGCGUGCGAUGCUGGAAGUACACAGCUGAUGAGGAAGGAGCGCCUUGCCAGCACUGCCAGGCUGUACUCAAAGAGAAAGCCUCUUGA